AGUCAAACAGUAAAGUCAAAAGAAUCUAACGUGGCCAAUUCUAAUUGGCUGAGCUGGCGUGGUCGAAGAAUAACAGUGGAGAAAACACAAUUUGGAGGGAGUAAGAUGUAGAAGAAGAAGAAGGAGAAGACGAUGGUGAGGUGGGAAUCCAAAUGGGUUGCUCGUUUCUUCUUCUUAUUCCUCUCUUCACUGCUUAUUCUCCAAUACCCUUCUCUUGUUUCUUCGAUUCAGGGUGAUGAGGGAUCUGCUACUUCACGAAAUUUAGUGGAAGAGAUUGAAGAUGCUGUUGAGGUACAUUGUUCGAGAGAAAGGAGUAGGGCAGCAUCGAAAAUAAUUGAGGAGUAUUUGAUUCCAUUUAUUGAGAAACAUCAGUAUCAGAUUCCAAAAAGCUGCAGGCUGCACCCAGACAAUGAUCUGUUUAGAGAUCAGGAGCAACACAAGAUCCGUAUUGAUGUAGAUGAAUGGAAAUGUGGAUACUGCAGAAAGAGUUUUUAUGAGGAAAGAUAUAUUGAUAAGCAUUUUGAACAGAGACAUAAUAAUUUGCUUAAUGUGAGUCACGGCAAGUGCUUGGCAGAUGUAUGUGGAGCAUUGCAUUGUGACCACCAUAUUGGUUUGCCACAAAAGACCAAGUGCAAUCCUGCUGCUUCUGCAAGGAAUAAACAUUUGUGUGAGAGCAUUGCUGAUAGUUGUUUCCCAGUUAGCAAAGGCCCAACAUCAAGUCGUGUUCAUGAAUUCUUCUUACGCCAAUUCUGUGAUGCUCACACUUGCACUGGAAAAUCGAAACCUUUCUCUCGUGGUCGCAAGAAAAGAAUGAACAUACUCUACAUCGUCAUCUCCGUUUUGACAAUGUUGCUUCUUCUGUUUUUCUAUACCUUCAUUUACUUGUACCAAAGAGGGGUGAAAACGGGAACACAAAAUCUGAGACGCGUAUCGCAAAGUGGAAGGAAGAAAAAACCCUCUUAGCUGGUACUCUUCUGCAAUGCAACAAGGAUAGAACAAAAGAAUUAUUUGUAUUCCUGCUUCAGUUCUGUUUUUCGUUUUUCUUUGAUAAGAGUAUUCCUGCUUCAGUUCUAUACUAGAGAAGUGAGACAAGAGAGAAGCUUGUUUUGUACCAAUAAAAGAUCAUAUUGGUACUCUUCUUCUUCUUCUUCCAUUUUUCAUUGUAACAUAAACCUUUGAAAUGAGUAGUAGUCAACAAAGAAAGAGCCAUUUUUUUCAAA